AUGCCCCCAGAACUCAGACAUCGUGGAGGCCAGGGACAGAAAGAACAUGGACAAGACCAGGGCUCAAAGGAGGCUAGCCAUGGACUCGACAGCAUUCCAUCAACACCACAGACAAAACAACAGCAGCAGCAGCAGCAGCGGAAGGUCCUAAAGACAACCCCUACCCGGUCACCUUCCUGGGCCACCCUCGCCGCAUUGACGAUGCAGGUCUCUUUACAGGAUUGGAUCCUGAUAGCAACCUUGAUCUUUGGCGGUUGUUGCAGUAACGUCUUUGCCCUCGAGAUACUUGUCAACGAUGCACCCAAAAGCGGACAAAUGAUCACAUUUGCUCAGUUUGUGUGUGUUUCCGCCUACGGAUUGGUCAUGCAUUUGAAGUGGCCCAUCGUUCAGGAUCUGUGGAUAUCAAAGUCAUCAUCAGCUUCCACUCAGGAACUUCAGGACCAGCCCUCCCAAGGAAUCUGGAGAUAUAUACCCCAUUUGAAAAAGCGCAAGAUUCCGAUUACCCGUUGGUUGGCGAUUGUGGUCAUGUUCUUUUCAGUCUCUGUCCUCAACAACCAGUCUCUGGCCUACAAGAUCUCGGUCCCGUUGCACAUUAUUUUCCGGUCGGGAGGACUCAUGGUCGGGAUGGUGCUGGGCAUGAUCCUGAUGAAGAAGAGGUACAGCAAGUCUCAGAUAUUUGCCGUGACAAUUGUCACCAUUGGAGUGAUCUAUGCAACGACAAGUGCCAAAGCGAGCUCGCCCCAAAAGUCCAAGUCUCAGGAUUCCACCGCGAAUGCAGGCGACUAUGCGAUCGGCAUCUUUAUGUUGACCGUUGCCUUGAUCAUAUCGUCGCUCAUGGGCUUGUUGCAGGAGGCAACAUAUCAAAAGUAUGGCGCUGAAUGGCGCGAGGGCCUCUUUUAUUCUCACUUUCUGGCAGUGCCAAUGUUUCUGUUGUUCUACAGCGACAUUAUCGAGCAGUUCAGGAUCUUCAACCAGUCCACACCUAUUCCAGUCCUGCAAUUAGUCCGCCAGAUCGGUCCACACCUGCCCUCGUCCGUUGCCUAUGCGUUGAGUUCUAUUACGAUCCCACGACUCUGGAUCUUUUUGACCGUCAACACAUUAACACAGUUUAUGUGCAUCUCGGGAGUCCACCGACUCACGUCGUUGUCGUCAGCGUUGACGUUGAAUUUCAUUCUCAACCUUCGCAAGUUCAGCUCGCUGUUGGUUUCGGUGCUGUAUUUUGAGAACGGUUUUGGAUUUGAGAUGGCCGUUGGAUCGAGUUUUGUCCUUCUGGGCACAGUGAUGUAUUCCCUGUCGUCGUCGUCUUCCGCUGCAAAAAAGCCCGAUGGGACUACGACUAGGACAACAGCGACCACUACAACUAUCGUAACGACGAAGGGUACUAUUGGGACGUCCAAGUCAGCAUCGACAGGAGUGGUAGGAGAGGCCGAGGCUCCGUUGGACUCGAAGACGCAAUGA